AGGCCAUCAGCACUUUACCGAAAUGUCGAAUUUUCCAACCGCACAUUCCACAACCCGUUAACACUAUUUGGCCAUCUUGCUUUUUACUGCUUUAUAUGAACCACGCCAGACGGAGACACUCGUCAGAUGUCAACUUCGACGAACAGGUGAUCUCCGAUUUCGACUCAAACUUCGAGUUGACGCCUCGAGACUAUCGAACAUUAAAAUUAUAUUUACGCGCGUAAAAUCUGUCAAAAUUCUGAACAUUUUAUAACCUAAUCCUACCAUCCGUAUGUCGACUACUCUCCUGUCGGUGGGAUCGCCUUCUCUCAUAAUAUUUAAUGUAGACUAUUUUUCCUAAUCCCACGACAUGGAGCUCCUGGAAAAUCCGAGUUUCAAAAGUAAAUACCAUAAGUCAAAAUCGAAAGUAAAGCAAUGGGAAAGCGGCUUUAUGGAAAAAUAUGGGAGGAAACCAAACAAGAACGAUAUCAAGGAGGCUGACGUCUCGAUCAGAGAUGCGUACAAAAUGUACUGGAAAUUGAAGACGCGAGCUUUGGAAGAAACUUUAAUGGAUAUAACAUUUUCUGACGAUGUACAAGCGAACAUAUCUACUUGCACAUUGAACACGUCUGUCGCGGUAGAUUCUGUUGAAAAAAACACGGAGUUACCACCUGAUGUUUGCAAUACAGAAAAUUGUAAUCCAGAAAUUGAGAAACUUCCAAAAGAAACAGACUUCGAGGCUGUACCAACAGAGAUUGGAAUAAACGCAGAAGGGGCAUGGGGAAGUCACUUGAACAAUGAAAAAAAAGUGGUACAAAAAAAGGAAAAUCUUCUCGUGGGUAGAUCAAGUUCAUUUCAGUUGUCGCAGAAAUUGUUUAAUAGUACCAGUUUCACCAAGAGAAAUCCUAGGAAGUCUUUAUCAAUGGUCAAGUCUAAGAGCAGGUCUGAUUUGGACACCAGCAUGUCAUCAUUGAUUCAAAAAGAUGGAGUUGACUCCCAAACAGAGGAUGGAUUUAAUCCCAAUGAAAUAAUGAAACCAAUAUUAGGGGAUAAGGUAAAAGUAAGUCGCACAGAGGGUAAAAUAAGCUCCCAGCCGGUAAGUGCAAUUCAUCAGUUAAUAGCAGGCAAGGCGGUGAAUAUUUCCAGGAAAAUAGAUGCAGGCUGGCUAGAGAGAUGUUCAGAUCAAAAUUAUCCCAAGGGUUCAUUGUCACAACCGAACAGAUUAUCUGGAAUCAGCGAUUCUGGAGUUGAAUCAUUGGAGUCGAGCACGUAUUCACCAUACACGAUAAAUACCUUAAUUAGUUCACAAACACCCCCGCUAUUUUCCGACGAAGAAGAUUUUGUUUGCGGCAGUGACUCCGAAGGUGAACGUAAGAACAAACGUGUUAGGAAUAUUAGAAUACGUGCAAGCAGCGUGGAAAGACAAGCAAUUAAACGGCCAUGCAGGGAACCUUAUCUGCCAAGUUUGGGCAGCCUACCAUCGUCACAAGAGACUCUUGAAAUUAAUUCUAGUUUGCCAUACUCCGUGAAAACUGUGGAAAGUAGUUUAAGAGAAUUGUCGAUACCGAGAAAUAGUGAAAUAGAAGUGAAUAUUACGGACAAAAAAGAAGUGAAAUUGGUAACUGACAACACAGAGAACAGCAAUACGCAAAACCAAUGUGAUGAGAUUACUGCUCCAAAAGAAGUGAAAGAACAGCUUGUGGCAGCUGCUCCUACCACACAGACUGUAAAAAGACUCAAUAAUAGGAACCAGAAUGAUACUUCUGACAAUUCUGAAUUCAAAGCUAUGUGUAAUGACAGUGAAAAAACCGAAGAAGUAAAGAGAACUCCACCGAUGCGUACUACUAAAGAAGCUGCUCCUACAACAAGAACUCGACAACGAGCCUCUAGAAAGAUCCUACAAAAGACUCCUGAUAAUUCUGAUUGCAAGAGUACUCGAACAACGGGCACCACUAAAAAUACGAGACAAACGCAGCGGAAAGCCUAUAGAAGAAUCCAAGAAAAUACUUCUGAUGAUUCUGAAUCUGAUGCUAUGCCUGAAAGUAAAAUCGCAGAUGAGGUGACUAAAAAAACGAGAAAAACCCGAACCACAUGCACCACUAGGAAAACUGCUCAAACAAAACGAACUCAAAAGAAAAAUGAUGAAAAUGUAGAAAUUCAAACAACACGACCUAUUAGGAAGCCGCCAUCAAGAGCGAGCAAGAAAGAAAUUGUCCAUUCUCCAACUAGGGAGAAAAAUGAACUAGUUGAGAGACCUGAGCCCCAAAUUUAUGGAGUUGAUACAGUAAAUGCAGUACCCCGAUUUGCAUUGCCAAGAAUUGAGAGUGGUGAUUUAGUUGCCAAUUUUUCGCAAGUCAUUUCUAAAUCUCUGCCUACAGACAGAGUAACAGCACCUGAAGCAUCUGGCUCUAACAGCAAGAAGAAACUGACAGAUAAAGAAAGACUUGCGGAAAAAAUUUCUACUGGACGUUUAAACGAAAACUUUGUGAGAAUUAAUCUGAAAAAGAAAGUGUUUGUAAGAGGGAAAAAGACCAUGACAUUCCAAAAGUACAAGAAAAAUCAGUGGAAGCAGAAGAAAAAAGAAUUGGCAUCUGGAGCAGGAAGUCUGGAUUUGGCCGAUUUAGUUGAAAACAAGGGAAUUUUAAAAUGUUUCAAAUGCGGUGAUAUUGGGCACUUUUCUAAGGAAUGCAAGUCGCUGAAAUCUGAUGAAUUGCUCCCACUGAUUGGUGAUGAAGAACCAUGUGAGUAUCCAACACUGGAUGAGGCGGCAAAGAUGGCGAGUGAAUCUGUUCUGGCGGCUCAUCGGAAUAGGAUCAGUAUUAUCCCACAGACUUCUUCCCGUGCCUUACUUUUGCCACAUAUGAAAGAUGAUGAAAACAAUGAAAACCAGAUAAAAAAUAUGCCACCUGCUAUUCCUGAAACUGUUCCCACUGAUGACGAGAACAUCGACAGUUUGUUAGAUGAUCUCGACUUUGCAGACGACAUCGAAAUUAAUAAUUCUGAAACUGUUCAUUCAGGACAUAUCAUACCUGAACAUCUACUUGCCAAACUCCUUCCUCCAGAAAUUGGUCCAGUGAAACCUUUAUACCCCAAAGAAUUGAGCGAUCAACUUAGCGCAACACCAAAUGACGUCUUAGAGGCAUUGCAAAAUUUCGGUCACGAGGCCUUCAGACCUGGGCAAGAGAAAGCAGUGAUGAGAAUAUUGUCCGGACAGUCGACGUUAGUCACUUUGUCAACUGGUGCUGGAAAAAGCUUGUGCUACCAGCUACCUGCUUAUCUUUAUGCUAAGCAUUCGCGGUGCAUCACCCUUGUUAUAUCCCCUCUAGUUUCUUUGAUGGAUGAUCAAGUGACCGGAGUUCCAAAGUUUCUAUCAGCCGCUUGCCUGCACACUGCCCUAGCAGCAAAACAACGAACAAUCGUUAUGGACAAGGUGAAAGCAGGGACUCUCGAUAUUCUCCUCGUAUCUCCAGAAGCUGUUGUUGCUGGGGAAAAGUCAACAGGCUUCGGUGCCCUUCUCAGACAACUUCCUCCGAUUGCUUUUGCCUGCAUCGACGAAGCGCAUUGCAUUUCUCAAUGGUCCCACAACUUUAGGCCAUCCUAUCUCAUGGUCUGUAAAGUAUUGAGAGAAAAAUUAGGAGUGAAAACCAUUCUGGGCCUGACUGCAACAGCCACAAAAUCGACUGCUGAAAGUAUCGUUAACUAUCUAAAUAUCCCCGAUGGAAUGGCUGGCGUCAUUUCUGAUACUCCAUUGCCUCGUAAUUUAACUUUAACGGCAUCGAAGGAUCAGCAUCGUGAUCAUGCGCUGAUAGAAUUGUUACGGAGCCAACGGUUCGAAAAUUUGGAUUCUCUGAUCGUUUACUGCACAAGGCGAGACGAAUGUGUCAGGAUUGCUGGCUUAUUAAGAACAUCUUUAACUGAUCCUAAAAGUUAUGGAAAGUCAGAGAAAAAGGUAUCCCCCAUAGCAGAGGCUUAUCAUGCAGGAUUAUCUGCCUCUCGUAGGAAGGUUGUUCAAAAAGCGUUCAUGAAUGGAGACACUAGAAUUGUAGUUGCGACGGUUGCCUUUGGAAUGGGUAUUAAUAAGCCUGAUAUUAGGGCAGUUAUUCAUUUCAAUAUGCCCUCAAAUUUCGAAAGUUACGUGCAGGAGGUUGGCAGAUCUGGGCGAGACGGUCUUCCUGCCCAUUGUCACGUGUUCAUAAGUUCCGAGACUUCAGGUGACAAGGCUGAGUUACGUCGUCACAUCUAUGCCAAUGGGGUUGACAGACAUAUGAUAAGACGUUUGUUACAAAAAGUAUUUGUACCCUGCUCUUGUGCCAAUACCGGCAAUCCCGGUGUUAACAAAAGAUGCCCAGGGCACGAAGUGGCCAUACCAGUAGACGAAAUUGUGAUGGCCCUUGACAUACCUCAAGAAAUUAUCUCCACUCUUCUUUGUUACCUUGAACUUCAUCCGAAAAAAUUCAUCACCACUUUACCAUCGGUUUACAUUAACGCUAAGGUGACCAGUUACAAUGGUCCAAAAGCUCUGAAAAUUGCCGCUCAAUCCUCACCACCACUGGCCAUGGCCAUUGCUUUAGAUCUUAAACGAGGAGUAUCUCAUGAAAAUAGUUCGAUCAUAGAAUUCCCAGUCGUGGAUGUUGCUGCUGCUAUAGGAUGGGAUAGCGGUGUCGUGAAAGGACACCUAAAAGAUCUGGAGUGGAAGAAUACAGAAACUGGCGGAUGGAAAAGAACUGCGAUAUCUGUAAAUUAUGAUACACUAGGCUUCAGAGUAAGAGCACCUGGAGAUUUAUCCAAUGCAGAGUUAGACGAAGCUUUGGAUUUAUUGACAGAACGUACGUCAACGCAACAGCGAAUGGGCCUCUACCAGUUGGAAGCGAUUUGCUUAGCACUAUCAAAAGUGUCGGUAGAUUCUGUCAGGCAAUGUCGAGAGCUUACAGAAAAUUUAUUGGACAGAUCCGAAGCGCUGAAGAAGACAAUCAGGGAGUAUUUCCAAUCUGAAAAUCCUAUGGAAGAAAUCGAUUUGAAACUUGAGACCAAGCUGCUGAACGAUUCCCAGAUUGCAAGUGACGUUCGAAAUCUGGUCCAUUGUUAUCGGGAUAGUAAUUUUACAGGGCGUGCAGUUGCGCGCAUUUUCCAUGGAAUACAAAGUCCGAAUUAUUCAGCAUUAGUGUGGUCACGUUGUAAGUUUUGGAGAGCUCAUCUCUCCGUAAAUUUUGAACUCAUCUGCCAAAUAGCCACGCGAGAAAUUUUGGCUAUGCGUUAGGGACUUAGUUACAAUUACUUACUGGACUGCCAUAGAUUUCCAUUCUUGGGAAGUUCAUAUUCAUUUUUUUUGGACCACGAUGCUCCGGACUAUAGAAUUGAACCACACUAUUGGCAGUUAAUAGGUUAUUAGCCAAUGCAGACGUGUGAUUAUUUACUUUUUACUUUACCCAAACCCUUAAUUUAUUUUUUGCAUGAAUUCAAGUCCCGGUAGCGGCUAAAUAAUUCUGUGACUAGGCAUACGGUCUUAGAUACAAAUUUUAAUUUUAUAAAGCGUUAUUAUGAGCAUGCUGCGUAUUUUCGUUUGUUUUCUCUUUUAUUGAGCUUGACGAAAUGUAAAAGGAAUAUAUGGCCACACACAUUGUAUCUGGAUAGCCCAACAUUGUCUUUCGUGAUGUUGCUUCUUCAAAUAGUGAAAAAUAACGAACAACGCAGAGUAAAAUUGGCCCACCAAGACCUCAGCUAACAUUACUUUUCUAAUAUAUGUAUAGGUUUAAAGUUAAACGAAAAAAGAUUAAUUAUUGACAGCAUGUAAAUUUUAAUCGACCCUGUUUACAAAUAAGUUUGUUUUUGAUUAACCGAAUUUCUGAAUAAAAAAUUCAAGCGACUUUGCUGUG